UGUCAAAUAUAUAAGCCCUGGUUGCAUGCUUGCAAUCGGCGGCGUCGCCAUUUUGAUUGCGACAGUUAUGAGCCCUUUAGCGCAGCGGUAUUGCACCGCAUUCCCUGCAUACCUCAAAUGCAACCUUGCGUUAAUCCUGAACCCGAUCGAGCCCCAGAGCCAGACUAGUACUGGCAGUAAGGCGCGGGUUCGAAUCGAACUGAAAGCAUCGUAUAAAGAGGUACGUUUAGCUGACAGCUAACAGCCACCUACGAUACUAGAGACUCUAGAGAGCCGAGGGCCAGAAUGAGCCAGUGUUAUAAAGAGCUUUAGAGACGUUAAAGUGCUGCGAUUUAGGUAAUCCCUAUUAUUUAAAUAGUGAUCACCUGGGGGGUGUGUCAAAUAUAUAAGCCCUGGUUGCAUGCUUGCAAUCGGCGGCGUCGCCAUUUUGAUUGCGACAAUUA